AUGAUUCAACCGGACUUUUCAACCGCUAUUGGGUUUCUUGAUCAUUUAAAUUCAGAUGAACUAAAAGAAAUAUUAAAUGAUGAUGCAAAAUUUGAUGCAGUGUUAAAAGACGUUAAACAGGUGAAAGAUUGGGAAACAGAAAAGGAAAUGAUGAUAGCUAGCAACAGGUCACUGGCUGAGUUUAAUCUUAAACAAGAACCCGACUUAGAAGAACUGAAGACUCAAGUUCAACAAAAAUCCGAGGCUGGUGAACAACUAUGUAAUCAUAUUCAAGAACUCCUUGAAGAAUAUAAGACAAAAUCAGCAGGAAUAUCUCCAGAUACAACACUUGCUCUGCUCCAAACAGUUGCAGCUGAAUCAGAAGAACAAUCGGAGAACAUAGCACAGGACUUCCUUUCAGGCAAAUUAGAUGUUGAAAAGUUUCUAGAAGACUUUGAACCUAUUCGCAAAAAAAUGCACCUUCAAAAGUUUAAAGUGGACAAAAUGAUUAUCCACAAAAUGUGCCAAGUGUACCAUAUCCAGUUGGACCAU